AUGAACUGUGAUGAUAAUUCUUCUUAUUCCACCUCAGACUCGAAUGAUGAAUUGGAAUCACAGGUUAUUAGAACUUUAACAUGUAUAACCGAUGAUAUUUUUAACCAAAGCCAGGGGAAUAUUUUUAUUGACAAAAAUGCUUAUCCUUCUGUUCCAUCAACGGAGGAAAUAAAAGAAUAUCCUGAAAUUAAGCAAUUAUUGCAAUGUAAUAGUCUGCAAAAUAAGGAUAGAACAAUUAUAGCAAAGAGUAUAGUGUCAAAUAUCCUGAGCCAAAAUGUGAAUAGACGUUUAUAUAAAGAUGAUUUGUUACAACUUUCCCGAUCAAUAAUAGAAGUAUUUCCAUCGGAAGUUAGAGAAACUUAUUACGUACCCUUUACAAAAGGUCAUUUGGCAAAGGGUAAAUUGUUUGACGCAUACAAUAAUAAGAGAACACAAUUAAGUGCAGCAGGACUGAUAAAUAGACGUGAAAACGUGAAAAAGAAAUCAAAUCAUACGCAAUUGUCGGAAGAUCACGAAACUGGCAUAUCAGCAGAUGAAUUGAAAAUUCUUGAAACAACGAAUGUAGAUUGGAACAAAACAAGAGAACUUUGGAUUAAAUCUCAUUCCUAUCGACAAAACGAAUUACAAAACAACGAGUUAAGUACUAUUGACUAUAUACAAAAAUACAACAUUCAUCUUAAUGAGAACUUUCAUGAAUUGCUCUAAUAAUAAAAUUAAUCUCCUGAAAACUAUAUACACAAAAUAUGAAGUUAAAUUAUUUGACUUUUUAAUUAACUAUUCAGAUAUUUUAGAUGCUAAAAUAAAAUUAGGUCAUUCUGUGGAAAUGACCAGCGAUACUUUCCGAAAAUAUAAUAUUUUGUCUACAGUACCAUUGCGUGUCUUAUCCAAUCUUCAAUACAAUGAAAUUUAUUUUAAACCUGGAAUGGUUAUUCAAAUUGGAGAAUAUGAUGAUAACAUUCCAUUAUUUGGACUCAUUAUUCAUAUUUGUUGUUUCGACGAUAGUUUUUUCCUGUGCGUUCAAAGACUUUUAACACAUGGAUUUGAUUCGCACUACCAUGCUUUUAGAGUAGAAUAUGAAAAUGUUUUUCUUUCUGUCAAUGUAUUAUAUUUAGAAUCAAAUUAUACGGGAUAUAUUUGUACAUCCAAAGAAGACUGCUUUUAUAUAAACUAAAUGCAAUUCCAUUUUCGUAAUAUUAAUAAUUGUAUACUAUAUGUUAGAUUUAAUAUGUUAAUUUAUAUUAUUA